AACUUUAAAAAUGAAAAAUAUAUAACAUCCAAUUUUUCUGUUAUUAUUACAAAUAAAAAAAUAAAAAAGCUGAAGUAGUAGUUUUGUAAAUCCACUUAAAUAGUGAAAUUAAAAUAGCUCAUUAUGGGUGCUAUUACAAUUUUGACAUGUGGUCAACUUAGGUGGUCUAAGCCAAAACUCGGGGUAUGGAUAAACAAAGAUAAUCAUCACUAUUUAUUUUAUUUUUUCAUUAACUUAAUGAGUAGAUUAGCAGUUAAAAAAUAAAAGCUAAUUUAAAAAUAAUUAAAUUUAUUGAUUUAUAGUCAGAAAAUGAUAUGUAAAAAAAAUAUCAGAUUAUUUUUUAAUAUUUUUAAUCUACAUUGAAAUCGUGCGAAACUGAAUUCAUAAACUUUUGGCAGAAUAACAUAGGUGUCCAAGCAAUUGCGUUAUUUUUGUUUUGUGUUAGCAUCAUGGGCUCAUGGCUCUUUUUUUAUGUGAUUAAUCUGAAAUUUUAGGUGUGGAGAAAUUUGGUGUCUAUGAAACAUUUUUUUUAUAUUAUUAUAGAGACUUAAGAUAUUUAAUGAAGUAAACACGUAUUCCACGCUUUUGAUCAAUUUCUGAAGAGACUAAUAUAUUAUAAACGUAGUCAACAAAUGGCCACUAUCCUUCUAGAAGCAUGGAAGUUUGACAUGAGACAAACAUGAAAUAUAGAAUAAUGGUCUGUGCUGAGGUAAUAAAAAUCUGCAUUUGCUGUUUCCUAGAAGUUGAAUGAACUCUUUUAAAUUUAAAUUUUCUACCUUUUGAAAUUGAACACACGACUUGGUUAUUGUUCAAUAUAUAUACUCAAUCUUUUCCAUCUAUCAACUAGUAGUUUGAUUAUUUCAUUCUUUAAUUUAUAUCCCUGUUUGCUCUGCUUCGUUUCAACCGAGCCUAAUUCAUUCUUCUACUUAUUUUCUGUCCAUCUUUUUCUUCCGCUGCAAGAAUGAAACCUUUGCUUCAUCCAUCUUCUUUUUGCUUUUUCUCUGCUGCACUUUUGAUAAUCUUCACUGUCAAUAUUCAAACAUGUCUGUGCGAGGAUGAUGAGUACACGAACUGUAACACGGCUUUUUCGUGCGAUGACAGUAUCAAAGACCUCAAGUAUCCGUUCUGGGGAGGAAACAGAGAGAGUUAUUGUGGUGCAGUUGUUGAUGAUCCUAAUACGAAGCUUACAUGCGAAGAUAACGUUUCAAAGAUCACAAUCAAUAACCUGAAAUAUCGCAUUCUUGAAUGGGACAAUACAACACAGAAACUCACUGUCGCUAGAGACGAUUAUUCAGGCGGUGAUGUUUGUGCUGGGAAUAACAAUUACCAGAACAGCACAUUUGAUAACGCUAAAUUUCAACGUUACAAGGAUGAUGUUGCUAACGUAACUCUCUUGUACGGUUGCAAUGUUGGAGCUAUAAAUUUACCGACUCUGUUGUAUGAUAUUGAGUGUAGCGAAAGUAAAUAUGUUUUCUACACCGUUGUUUAUUCUGCUUCAUUCUCUGCCUUCUGUGCUCCGACUCAUGCUGUCGUGAUUCCAAUUUUGGGAAGCCUGGCUAAGCAACUGGAAUCUGAAAAUGGACUACUGAGCAGUGUAUUAAAAAAAUCAUUACAAAGCGGUUUUGAGUUGAAAUGGAGCGGAAACUAUGGGGAAUGUGAGAAGUGUGUUACUUCAGGUGGAGCGUGUGGGAAUGGAGGCACUCAAUUCAGAUGUUUCUGCGAUGAUGGAAUUCAUGCAACUACAUGCCUUUCAUCGUUGCUCUCAUCCUCAAGUAUUUCUUCGUUUGAUUGUGCAAAUCUAAAAAACUUGACAUAUCCUUUCUGGAGAUCAAGUAGACCGCAGUACUGCGGCCACCCGAAUUUUGAGCUACAAUGCAAAGAAGAGUUUGCAACCAUUACCAUUAUGUCACAAAAUUAUAGAAUUCUUGAAGCCGUUGAUUCUGUUCAUAGACUCAAAAUUGUAAGAACUGAUUAUUGGAACAACGUUUGUCCAACCAUUCCUAAGAACACAACUUUAGGCCAAACUUUCUUCGAUUACAGUUCGGAUCCCCACAACGUGACACUCUACUACGAUUGUUCUUACACUCCAUUUCCUCUAUUAGAUAGUCUUUCUCCCCAAUUUAAUUGUAGUAUAAAUGGAACUCAAAUGGUUAACUAUUUUUUGUUGGAGAGUAAUCUUGUGAAUGAUGAGGGUUCCGUUUCUGAAUCAAUUGGAACAUGCAAAUCUAGAGUGAUUGUUCCAAUAUUGGAGUCAGAAGCUGAAAGGAUGGUGACGGAUUCAAGUAUGGAGAAUUUAAAGAGAGCUAUUGAUAAUGGUUUUGAAGUGGAAUGGAAUGCAAACAAUAGUUUGUGUCAUGAAUGUCAAAGCUCUAGUGGACACUGUGGCUAUGAUCCAAACUCAAAGGAUUUCACAUGCUUUUGUAAGGAUGGAUCCUUUCCACAUUCAUGUAGUAGAUCAGGUGAGUACCUUAUGUUGUCCUUGUCCCUCUCCUCUCCUAUCACCACCACCAUCGUCAUCAUCUUCUUCUUCAUCUUCUGUCUCCACCAUACAACGUCGUUACCCUCUCAUGCAUCACCCUCUAGCUGCAACAAUUCAACCUUCAACUGUGGCACCAUAACCAACCUUUCCUACCCUUUCACCGGAGGCGAUCGUCCUUCCUUCUGUGGGCCACCACAGUUUCACUUGAACUGCAAAAACAAUAUUCCAGAGUUGAACAUUUCUUCAUUGAGUUACCGAGUACUUCAAAUCAACUCAGUAACUCAUUCUCUCAUCUUAGCUAGAUUAGACCUUUGGAAUGAAACAUGCACCCAAAAUUAUAUUAACUCGACUUUUGAUGGAACUAGCUUUAGCUACGGUUCGGGAAACCGUAACCUUACUUUGUUUUAUGGGUGCAAACCCACUUCAGAAUUUACCAAAACGCCGCAGAAUUUGUUUUACUGUGAAAAUAAUGGGUAUAAGAACAAUUCAUAUUCUUUGAUUGGUCCAUUUCCUUCAGACCCGGUUCUUAAAUUUGUGGAUUGUGAUGAAAGUGUUGGCGUGCCAAUUCUUGUAGAGCAGGCUAAUAGGUUUAUAGGAAAUCGCUCUUUGCUUAGGGAGGUUUUGAUGAAAGGGUUUAAUGUGAGUUAUAGCAAUCCUUUUGACGAUGAUUGUUUCGAAUGUAUUGAUUCUGGUGGCCAACAUUGUGGAUUUGAUUCUGAUGAUAAUGAAUCCAUUUGUAUUUGUGGUAAUGAGUUGUGUCCUGCAGGUCAAAGCAUUAGUAAAGGCCCUGUAAUAGGCGGCGUAGUUGCAGGAGUUGCAGCCCUUGUUUGCAUUCUUGGCUUUGUAUGCUUAGUGGUGCGGAGAAGAAGGAAAAAUUAUGAAAAAUCUAGAAGCAGGGACCUCUUCGUGCCUCCUUCAAGCAGUGGCACUGGCACCGGCACCCUAACCUCCACUACUAAUUCGUCUCAGAGUAUUCCUUCUUACCCCUCUUCCAAAUUGGGCGCAAUGCCCAAGAGUUCCUACUUUGGUGUUCAGGUAUUUACCUAUGAGGAGCUUGAAGAAGCUACCAACAAUUUCGACGCUUCUAAAGAACUUGGAGAUGGAGGUUUUGGCACAGUUUACAAAGGUGAUCUCAAAGAUGGACGUGUCGUUGCAGUGAAACGCCAUUACGAAAGCAAUUUUAAACGUGUGACGCAGUUCAUGAAUGAAGUUGAGAUUCUAGCGAAGUUAAGGCAUAAGAACCUGGUUACACUCUAUGGAUGCUCCUCUAAACACAGCAGAGAGCUUCUCCUUGUUUAUGAAUACAUACCAAAUGGAACAGUAGCUGAUCAUAUUCACGGAAAGCAAUCAAGUUCGUAUUUGCUUCCUUGGUCUGUAAGAUUCAACAUUGCACUAGAAACAGCCGAAGCACUAGCCUAUCUCCAUGCAUCAGAUGUCGUACACCGCGACGUUAAAUCCAACAACAUUCUCCUAGACGAAAAAUUUCAUGUUAAGGUUGCUGAUUUCGGUCUGUCAAGGUGGCUUCCUAACGAUGUCACGCAUGUAUCAACAGCUCCACAAGGAACACCUGGUUAUGUUGACCCUGAGUAUUAUCAGUGUUACCAACUCAAUGACAAGAGCGAUGUUUAUAGCUUUGGUGUAGUCUUAGCCGAGCUUAUAUCGUCGUUACAAGCUGUGGAUAUUACCAGGCACCGCAGUGACGUGAACUUGGCGAAUAUGGCUGUCAACAAGAUUCAGGGCCAAGAAUUACAUGAGUUGGUUGAUCCAUUUCUUGGAUAUGAAAAAGACAGUGCUGUGAGGAGGAUGACAACAGCAGUCGGUGAAUUGGCAUUUAGAUGUUUGCAGCAGCAAAGAGACAUGAGACCUUCAAUGGACGAGGUUGUGGAGGUAUUAAGAGCAAUCAAGAGUGAUGAACUUGAAACACAGGAAUCAAAAGUAUUGGAUGUUGUUGUUAGAACAGAUGAACUUGUACUUCUGAAUAAGGGUCCUUAUCCGGCUUCACCAAAUUCUGUUGCUGACAAAUGGGUUAGCGGUUCUUCUACAUCUACUUCUUCAUAGGUUCUAAGAUUUUCCCUUUGUUUUGACAAGGGGGAUGCUAAGAUGAACAGGUUAAUUACACAUGAGCAUGGUUAGAGUUGUUGGUCGGAAUUCAGAUAUACUUUGGCAGGUGAAUUUUGUAUGAUACUGUAUUUGAUACAUAUCCACAUGCAUCAAGUGGUGAGUAUUUAGGACAUGUUAUGUUAUUCAUCAAUAUUGUACAGUUAUACACUUGUACUCAUUACUUAACAAUACAGAGCCUCUUGCUGAUGAUAAUAGUUGAAAUAGGUGUUAUUACUAUUUUA